CCUAUAUGUAUCUCACAACUCCACAAGUCUAAGUUUGUGCUCUUGAGAUAAGCCACAAUAGAUCAGAAGGGCUUACAAGAAAGCAGCUGAGCUGAAUUGGGUAUCACAGCUUCCAUUAGAAUUGGUUUCCAUUCUAUGGAUCGUAGAAGAGAUUGUAAGAGGUUGUGCAUUCUACUUCUCUAUUUCUCUAUUGCAGCUACCCUCUUCACUCACUGUGAUGCAAGGAGAUCAAAGCAACUGUUCAAGUUUAAAGGUACAACACUUCCAAGAAGUUCAAGUAUCAAAGCCAUAAAGAAGCUAAGAUUAUCAAAUCACUUAAAUGUAGAUCCAUCUUUAGGUUCCACUAAUGCCCAACCAUAUGGUGUGAUUUCACCUUUCACUUUGCUACCUUUUGAGUCCUCAGGCCCAAUUCCAUUGCCUGAAAGUACAACUCCUAAUUGUUUAUAUCCCCCUCCUACAAGCACUACUCCAACUCCUGAAAUCUAUGAGCAACCACCCCCACCUCCCACUUCGGACCUCACACCCAUUUUACCCAACCCAAGCCCACCUCCAGGCCCACCUAUUACUGUGCUUAACCCACCCGAAUGUUACCCGACUCCGAAUCCACCAGAAUCUGGGCUUAGCCCGCCUGAAAUAGUGGUACCAAGCCCACCCGAAUAUUACCCGACUCCAAUUCCACCGGAAUCUGGGCUUAACCCGCCAGGAAUAGUUGUACCGAAUCCACCCGAAUAUGAACCUAGCCCCCCGGGUCUUGUUCCUAGCCCACCUGAGUAUGUCCCAAGCCCCACGGUGUUUCUACCGCCUGUCGUGUACCCUCUGCCGAAUGUGCCACCCCCUUCUUAUACGGCACCGGUGAAACAUCUGUGGUGUGUUGCUAAGCCAACGGUUCCUGACCCGAUCAUUCAAGAAUCCAUGGAUUAUGCUUGUGGGUCUGGAGCUGAUUGUGGUUCAAUUCAAGCUGAUGGAUCUUGUUUCCAACCUGAUACAUUAUAUGCCCAUGCUUCCUAUGCUUUCAACAGUUACUGGCAAAGAACCAAAGCCGCAGGAGGCACUUGCGACUUUGGAGGGACAGCCAUACUGGUCACUAUGGAUCCAAGUUAUGAUGGGUGCCAUUUCAUUUACUCUUGACUAUGAACCUCUGGAAGCUAUUAUUAGGUUACAGCUUCUUUUAAAGAUCAAAUAAGGCAGUGUAAAGGAAAUAUCACUAUUUUUUUGUCUUUUUCAAAUCUUCUAUAGAGACUUUAAACUUGAAUUUUGCAAUCAGAGAUGAUAUAAAAAUUAUUUGUCAGAGAGGGUCUCAUAAGGAUUCAAAUUCCUAGGGUUUUGGCUUAGGGAUUGUGAUUCAAAAUUUUAUUUUUUUCUUUCACUUACCUCUGCCUCUCUUCCAUCAGAUGUAUAAACUGCAUUGCAGUAUCUCAAUGUAGUACAUACUUACAAAGUAAUAAAUUCAGGUAGACUAA